AUGGCGACUUCAAGAGGCCUGCGCCUGUGGCUGCCGAAGCCCAAGACCUUCCUCGGCCUCAUGUCCCUCCAGACCGGCACCGAGAUGAUCUCGAUAGCCCUCCUCAUCAACAAAGUCACGGGCCUGUACGGGCUGCUCGCCAUCCUAACGGGCUUCUCCCUCGACGCGGUCCAGCUCUCGAUGUACAUAUACUCGGUAGCGGUCCUCGCCACCCUCGCGGUCCUGAUCCCGCACAUCCGGAGGCAGUCGCCCUUCCAGAACCUGGCGCUGGCGUGGCUCUACAUCGCCGACACGGCCGCCAAUGCCGCCUACACGGCGACGUUCGCCGUGCAGUGGUACCUCAGGUCGGGCGGCAACCCGCAGGGCGACGCGGCCGAGCAGACCACGGACACGGCGGCCAGCAUGGUCCUCAUCGUGGCGUUCACGCUCAUCCGUGUGUAUCUCAUGUUCGUGGUCAUGAGCUUCACCAGACAGGCCCUGCAGAGGUACAUGGCCGGGCUGGCGGGCGACAAGGGCGCCACGGUCCUGCCAUUUACUCCUGGGUCGCCCGACGGCGAGGGCUGGAAGGGCAGCCUGGGCCGGCUGAUGCUCUUUGUUGGCCGGGACUACUGGGUGGGUGCCAGGGAGGACGAGGAGUGGGCGUCUAGCCAGCGGGUGCCGCUGGCAGCUGGUGCAGCAGACGACGACGAGUAG